AAUGACGAAUUUUAUACGUCAUUCGUACGUCACUGAGGCGCUAAUCAAGGGGUUUUUUCUCUUUUAAAAUAUACAUUUUAUAAAAUUCCGCAUAAAUCUAUAAAAUAUUGUCAUGGCCGCUAUAGGCGCAAAAUUUUUUGAGAUCUUUCGUAAUUUGAAAUCUGAUGCAGUGCCCCGACCUCCGCGACCCGAAGCUGAAGAAGUUUUCAGUGAUAAUGAUAACAGAGACAACGAAAACGAAUUUAAUGAUAAUGGAGAACAUGAAGACAUCGAUGCUGAUGUACCGAAAAAAGAAAAGAAAAAGACGCCAUUCAACAACAAUUUCUUUAAACCUAGUAAAAAAAAGAAGAGCACAUUUGGAUCGCCCCCAAAGGAGGACAAAGAACAUAAACACAGUAACAACAACGUCAAUGUUCAAGCAACUGGAAAUGUAAUCAACAUAGUAAAUUCUCGAGAUGUGCAUUGGGGUAAUGAAAUUGUUUAUUACAUGGGUCCGACUAAUGUUCAGCAGAAACAAGCCAAAGAGGAUGUAGAAUACAUUGAAAAGAGUAACAUUAUCAUGCUUCUUAUGGAAGCAACAAGCCAGCCUAAUCAUGAAUAUAUAGAUUACAUAUCAAAGAACCUUGGUAAAAACUGGCACAGUGUUUUUAUAGCACUUGGAUAUAGCAAGAAUAGAAUUGAAACAUUUGAAAUAGACGAAGCUGGUAAAGGUAUAUCUGAGGUUCGUUAUAAACUUCUAUUGGAUUGGGUACGAAAUGAUGAUGAUGGGACAUUAGGGAAGCUUUCAACUCAACUCUGGGAAGAAGGAGAAAGACAGUUGGUUAAAGAACUGGCCAUCAUGUACAAGAACAAGAAAUAAACAACAACGGAAUAAGCAUUUAAUAGUCAAUUUAAUAAUAAUUAAGAAAAUGUGAUGCUAUACAAUUUUUUAAUAGACAAUUAUAGUCUAUGAUGUAUCCGUCUGUGAUUUAAGAACAAAAACGUUAAACGUUUCAAAAUUUUUCGUAGUUUAAUAUUUUUUUAAAUAUUUUCGGCUACAUUAAUCUUUGCUAUUUUACAUACUAAUAUAUUAAAUGUUUAUAUCUAUCUUUUUGAUAUGCUUAACACAUUUAUUGCUUGCUUUUAUUGUAUGGAAUUGAAGUUGCAGGUGAUUUGGUGCCUUUGAGGCAAUUUUUAAAUUUCUAAUUGAAUUACUGUCUAUUGAUGUGUGGCCAUAUUUUACCGUUUUAGAAUGGUAGGUUUAUAGUUUUUUUUAACAUUUGAAAUGAUUUUCAAAACUAUAUGAAAAAGACAGUUUGGUACAGGUAGCCGUUUCUGAAACGUGCUGGGUGUUGCAAAUAUUUAGUAAUUUUUUUUUUGUAUAUUUUCUUAAAAAACGUAAUUUUUUUUCUUUAUGUACAUUUAUUAUAGGAUUUUUUUAAUAGAGAUUGUUAUUAGUUGCUAGUAUAUAUGUGCUAAAAUAAUUAGCUGUGAUUGUAUAUGGGGCCUAUAUUUAAGAACAAUUAAUAACAAUUAUGUGUUGUAUCUAAUUUCUAGGUAAUUAUACCAAUGCUAUGUACAUAAGUUUAAAUGUUUUAUGUAUUGGGGUUUAUAUACAAAUCGAUUUCAUUAUAACCUCAUUUAGCUCAGCUGAAUUUGGCAAAUUAGAUGUGAUUAAAAUGUAUUAUGAAGUAAAAAAUACACAAUAAUUAAGACUGCAUUGUAAAAAAUAUUCAUAUUUGUUGAUAAAUAAAUAACAGGAUAAUACAAUUUUUAAAUAUAAAUGGUCAAAGUUUCACAUAAAGUGC